AUGCAAUCAUCAAAUCUCCGAUCACGGGCCAAUACGCCCCUUCGAAGGACUCAGGAAGACAAAUUGGCUAGAGAGUCCGAUGUUACGGUCUCGUCAACCAAUGUUACUCCCUACAGAGAGUAUCGGGGCUUUUUCACAUACAUUCUCUCAUGGCUAGUGCUUACGCUAGUGAUGAUAUGGGCAUUGGUUCCUAAUUCCAUAUUAGAAUACUGCGGUGUGUACUAUUACCCCAGCAAAUAUUGGGCACAGGCUAUUCCAGCAUACCUGCUUCUGGCAAUGUUGUAUGCAUACAUAUUCAUUGCAUGUUGGAACACCGAGGUAAAGACACUUGCUCUAGAUGAUUUACGGGUCAUAACAGACGAGCAUGCCGUGAUUCCUGAAAAUCCCGAGGAUUAUGUUUGGAAGGCACCCAGUGGAGUGUGGGACUUGCCCUUGGGUUUAGUUAAUGAGGUGUUAUAUGAUGAUUAA